AUGGAUAAUUACAAUCAAUUGCUACUACAACAAUUAAAUCCAUAUCUACGAAUCCACAUACAAUCAAACUUAAAAAACAAUGAAAUAAUAGACAAACUAAUAUCACAAUUCAAUAUAAAUAACGUGAAAACCAAAAAAUGGGACAAUUGUAUAAUAAGGAAUAGAUUAUCAACUCCAAAAUACAUACUUGAUAUUGAUUUUGAUGAAAAUUUAAAACUACCUAAAAAAGAAAAAAUACCUGAUCAACAUGAUUUAUUAUCACCUUUUAAUACUCAAUCUGAUAUUUUCCCCAAUGGAAUAUUGACUUAUAAAUGGUUUGAGAAAUAUAUCACAAGAUUCCCAUUUGCAGUAUGUUAUAUUUGUGAAGUAUCAAAUGAAGGAGAUGAGGAAGAAGUAUUACAAAAGGACGACGAAUUGAUACUUAAUUUCAAGAAAUUAAAAAUUGAAUUAGAAGAAAUUGAUUCCAAGUUGGUCUUGCUAUUGAUAUCAGACAAUAAAGCAAUUGAUGAAAAUAGAAUCACAAGGAUACGAACAGAAUUAAAUUUCCCCAAAACAGGACAUUUAUACAAUCUAAUCAACACAAAGGAAACAAUAGAUAGAGAUAUUGAAGUAUUAAUAAAUUCAAUGUUUUCCAAUCUAACCAAAUUAUCACAUGAUUUUUAUGCAAAUAUAGAAUACAAGAUAAAACAAAGAUACAAGAAAUAUUAUUCAUGUCCAUCAACUGAUGAAGUAGAUACUUCAAUAGAAUUAACUCCAAAAUUUCUCGAAAUAAGAAAUUUGAUCAAGCAAGCCAUUAUCUUAGAAAUUGUAAAUAUAAACAACUUAGAACCAAGUAUCAAAUUAUUAGAAGUUGCUUAUCAAGAUUUAAUUUCCUUAUUAGAUAGCAUUUAUGCAGUGAAUUUACUGGAUCAUGAUAAUAAAGUGAUAGCACAAAUGCAAACAUUAUUAGAUACUAUUGCCUUCCACAUAGUAAGAGGUUAUUUUGCAAUAGAAGAACCUAUAAAAGCUUUAAAAAAACAUAAAACUCACAUUAUCAAUGUUGUACAAAUUAUUAAAGAAGAUCAUAAAUGGAUAUCAAUACAAUAUGAAUGGUUAGCUGAAUUAAUGAAUUUAAUACCAUAUUCAAUAAUAACUUACCUUAAUACAUCAGCAGUUUUGAAAAGUAAAAAUAAUAACGGAUCAAACCUAGUAAGUUUUUCAGGAGGUAUACAUACACCAGAAUUUGACCUUAUAACAAAUCCAGGAUUAAUUUACCUAAAGUCAUUUGAAUUAAAUACAGAUUCACUGAAAAGAAUUGAAUUAUUACAAAAAUCAAUGGAAUCAUUAGAAUCUAUACAACUGCAAGCACUUAAUAAAUCCCUGGUUUCUGGUAAUGAUGAAUCUGGUUCAUUAAUUUCAUAUAUAAAUUGGUUAUUAGGUGAAGAAUUUUUUCAAAUUGGUGAUUAUAAGAAAGCAUCUGAUUUUUUAGAAAUGUCUUAUAGUUCAAUGGGUAUUGGGAAAUGGUUAAGUAUAAGUGAAGUUAUUUUAUUAAAAUUACUUAGAUGUUAUUCAAAAUUGGGUAACAAGAAAUUAGAAUUAAAUACAGUUUUGAAAUUAAGUACUUUCCCUCAACAUUUUAAAUUUAAUGAUGAAAUUUCAAAUUUAUGUGAAAAUAUUUUUCAAUUUGAUGAUGAUAUAGUGGAAUUAGAUUUAUUAAAUUCCAAAUUACAUGAAUUAUUUGAUGUCAAUGUGUUGCUACUAAAUAAAAAUGUACUUAAUGACAAAAAAGACGAAAGCUCUACUUCAACUUCAGUUGGUGAUGAAAUAAUUUUACAAAUUGAUUUAAAAUCAAAAAUAAAUUUACUGGUACUAAAAACUUUACUACCACCAGAAACAGAUAUCUGCAUCUCAAUUAAACAAAUAGACGCACCAUUUACAAGAACAGACAAGUUGUCUAAAAAGAGAGGUUUAAAAUACAUAUCAAUAAGUCAUGAUUCGUCCAAGACAAAACCAACAACAAACGUAAUAAAAUUGAAAGGACAAGAAUUAGAUCAAACAUUUGUAGAUUCAACAAAUUUAGAAAUUAAUGAUAUCCCAAAGACUUUACAACAUGAACAAAUUAUAACUUCUGCGGGAAAUUAUCAAAUUGAAGUUAUAAAAUUACAAAUUAUGAUUGAAAUUAAACAUCAGAAUAUAUUAAUAAGGUUGAAUAAAAUUGAAUUACAUCAAUCUUCAUCAUUAGGUCAUUAUAAAAACAAUAUUGGAUAUUUAAAAUUAGAUAAUACAACAAUUCCCAAAAUGAUUAGAUUGAAUGAAUCCAAUAGAUCAAUUAAUGUUAUUCCAAAAAUUCCCAUAAUUGAAAUCAACCCACUAAAUGAAAUUGAUUAUUAUAUAAUUGGUGAAAAAUUAUCAAUUCCAACAAAUAUUGAAUUUGAUUCAAAAGAUUUAAAACAAUUAAAAAAAGCCGAAUUAGUUGUUGAAAUUAAAAGUAAAAAUUCCAUUGAAAAUAUAGGUGGAGAUGAAAUUUCAUUAUUUUGGGAUAAUUUAAAAGAUGAUGAACCAUUAAAUUUAUUAACGUUGGGUGAAAAUGAAAAUAUCAUAAGUUUGAAUGUAUUUAGUAGACAGUUUAAAGCUGAAUUAAUGAAUCUACAAUUUUUAUUGAUUAUUAGUGAUGAAGAUGAAGAUGAAGGUGACGAAGAGGAUAAUGAAAAUGAAAAAGAUACAAAGAGGGAAUUUAAUACUCAUAUUCAUAAAAUUCAAGAUCUUGAAAUUCCAAUACUAUCAAAACCUUUCAAAUGUCAAUAUUUUAUAAUACCAAAUUAUAAUGAAGAUUUAAAAUUUCCACCUUAUAUAGAAGGACAACAACAACCACCAAUAUUAAAAAGAGAAUGGCAAUUAUUAUUAAAGACAUCAGAUUUAUUAAAUCAAUUGAACUCACUAAACCAAUUUUUAGAAAUUGAAGAUGUUGAAUUUAAUAUCAUGUCUAAAAAUCCAGAAAUUUCAAUCAAUUUAUUAGAAGAUAUUGAAAAUGAUAAUCAAAAUAAUAAAAGAAAUCAAUUAUUUUUAACAGAAUGUAAAAAUGGAUUUAGUCAUAGAAAUGUUGAAAUAAUAGUAUCAGGAACAAUAAAAUGGAAAAGAUCGACCACCACUACCACCUCCACCACCACCAACACCACUACCAAUCAAAAAGUAAAUGAAUAUAUAAUACCAGAAUGGACAACAAUAUUAUCAUUAUGUUCACCAAGAGUAUUAUUAAACAUUACAGAAAUUUAUUCAAAAACAACAUUUAAAUUUAAAUAUAUUUUAGAAAAUCCAACACCACAAUUAUUAAAUUUUACAUCACAAUUAAUAGAUUUAAAAGAAUGGAAAAUUUCAAAAUAUAAUAAAGAUGAUGAUAUAAAUCCAAAACAACAAUUUCAAUUUACUGUUAAACCAGUUACAAAUUAUAUAAUUGAAUUUCAUUUAGAUUUAGAAAUAUCAUCAUUAUCAUCAUUAUCAUCAUCACUAUCAGCAGCAAAAGAAAAAGAAAUUAAAUUAAUUAAAUUACCAAAAUUACAAAUUUUUGAUAUUAAUUAUAAAAUUGAUUUACAUGUUUUAUCUACUCAAACUAAUGUUAUUUAUAAAGAUGGUUCAUUAUACUAUGUUCUACAAUAG